CGUGACGUCAGAGGGGAGGAAGGAGGAAAGAGGUGUGUGAGAGAGAGGGAGACAAAAUGGCGUCGCCCCGCUGCUGCCAGAGCGGCUCUCGAAGGGGAAAGAGGCUCCUUGCCGCCGUCGUUUCCGCCGCCUGCGCUCGGGCCUUGUGAGCGGGCCUUGUCCAGCGAGAGGAGGAGAAGCAGCAGCAGCAACCGCCGCGGGAGGGAUCGCCGCCUGUCAGGGCGGAGGAGCGGGAAGUUGAUACUCUCUUCCACCCUCCAGCUAUUCAGUGGCUGCUGAAGAGCUGGGAUACUGGAGAAGCAUGUGGCUAUGUCACCACAAUAUAGAAGCAGCCCAAUGACAACAGCGGCUUAGACAUCUGGAGGAUCCAGAUUCUAAAUGGCUUCUAGGAAGUCGGGAUCUGACUUUCAUGGGACCUUCAGUUACAUUGAUGAUGUCCCAUUCAAGAUAGGAGACAAGUUCAAAGCACCAGCUAAAGUUGGCUUGCCUAUUGGAUUCUGUUUGCCAGACUCUCCACAGCUUGUAAGGGAAGCCCAGUAUGACUUUUCCCUGGAAAAGAGAACUAUUGAGUGGGCAGAGAACAUUAAAAGGAUCCAGGCCGCCCAGCAAGAGGCUGAGCGGAAGGCUGAAGAGGCCUUAGCAGAUAGCAAGGCUGCCCUGGAGGAGGAGAUCCGAGGAGGUGGCCCCCCAGGGAGGGUCAUGCCACCUCCUAUUAACCCCAUCCUUGCUAGUCUGCAGUAUGGCUGUAUUUUGACUCCGACUCCAGCCAGCAGCAGCUCCCUAAAGCAAAAGGUCCUGAGUCCACCCCAUAUGAAGGCCGAUUUCAACCCGGCAGAUUUUGAGUGUGAAGAAGAUCCUUUUGAUAAACUGGAAUUAAAAACACUUGAUGACAAAGAGGAAUUGAAAAACAUCCUGCAGAUCCAUGUUGGUACCACUGGGCCCAUAGUUGCCCAACUUCUAGACAGUAAUUUACCAAAAGUCGCGUCUGAGUCUGUAUUGCAAGACCAAGAGGUCUUGGCAUCCUUAGAAAGGGCGACUUUGGACCUCAAGCCCCUUCACAAACCGAAUGGUCUGAUCACUUUGUCUCAGCUGGGGGGCUGUGAAAAGAUGUCCCUGUCUUCCAAAGUGUCUCUCUCGCCUGUGACCUCCGUGAGCAAUAUCAAGUCUCUCUCCUUCCCGAAGCUCGACUCAGACGAGAGCGACUUGCCAGUGACAAAGCUUACAAACACAUCCCACAGCGCAGCAUGCCUCCACAAUGGCACUUUCCUCAGCUCUUUGCAGAGCAAAACCAGUGAACUGAAUGGGCAUCCCAGGACUGGGCUUUCCAAUCUCAGUGUGGACGGGCCUCCUGAGGCGCAAACAUUAUCCUCCUCCACAUCCAGGCUGCCUUCCUUGCCCACCUCAGUAGCAUGUACAGAAGAAGUUCCGUCUCUCACCACAGCCACAACGGUGGCUCACCAAAGUUUUCUGACAUCUCAAGUGCCCAAUACCACCAGCUGUGCAAAAUGGCCAAGCAAUUUUCCCUACAUAGAUGCAUUGCAGGCCCUUUCCUCCAGCGAGCGACAGUGUGUUGAAACCGUUGUCAAUAUGGGUUAUUCCUAUGAGGAUGUCUUGAAAGCUAUGAAAAAGAAGGGGCAGAACAUAGAACAGGUUCUCGACUACCUUUUUGUCCACGGGCAGUUCUGUGAGAAGGGCUUUGAUCCACUCCUUGUAGAAGCUGCUCUCGAAAUGUAUCAGUGUUCGGAAGAAAAGACAACAGAACUUCUCCAGCUAAUGAGUAAAUUUAAAGAAAUGGGCUUUGAACUGAAAGACAUUAAAGAGGUAUUAUUAUUACACAACAAUGACCCGGACAAUGCACUGGAAGACCUCAUGACUCGGGCAGGGGCCAGUUGAAGAAUGGUGAGAGGAGUCCGCACUUUGUCCUGCCAACCAAACCCUUGCCAUCGUCAUGUGGGUCUCUCUGCAGGCGUGGGAAGGAGAGCACCUCCAGGAUUCGGCCUUCCCAGGAUGCUGAGAAAGCUGGUCCAUUGGAACGCCAUCACUCCAGUAUGUCAUUCCCAUGGGAGAGAGAACCCAGUCUACUUUCUUCAAUUAAAGUUUAAGUGUCCUUUCCUCAGUUUCCUUUUUUUUUUUUUUUUUUUUUUUGGCUAGGCCACAGAAAAUCUUGACUGGAGCUGUACAUAGUCAGGGGCCAGGCUAGUUGUGUCCUCUCCCCAGCUCUUGCACUGGACGUAGUCGGAAGUAUUGGCCCAUCUCUGAAAUGAACUACGCUUUGGUUCCGAGAAGCUGCUUUCAUUUGUUGUGUCUGCUUGUAUUGAAACACUGACUCCUGGCCAAGAUGAACAGAAAUCUGCCUUUAGUGCAAUGGAAGUUUUAUUUGGUGGAUGGGGGGGGGGGGGAAGGGAGUCUUUGGUUGAAGGUUAGUGUGUAAUUGAGUUCAACACUGGUUCUGAAACUGCCGCUAUGCAUACAGAGAAGCCGUACUACCUUACCUGAUGUUCUGGCCCUGGCUGCCCCACACUCUUGCCAGUGCUUGAGUAGAUAAACCGAGGUCUCAGAACAGGUAAGCUGUGAACCCCAGCUGGAUCCCUCGAACACUGGCUGCUUUUGAAACCCUGGGGAGAAAAGACUCUCCAGGCCUGUAGGUUUUCUUUUUUAUAAGCAGAGGCCCUUCUCAAAAACCAGCCAGUUGUCUGUCUAAAAGUACAGUGUGAAAUUGGAAAUCUAUCUUUCAAGCACUUUCUUUUUUAAUAUUCACUGAUUUGGUUCCAUUUUUUCACACUGCUAUAGUUACAUUAAUCUAUUAACAUCUAGCGAUAGGAAUCAGACUUUGUUUUGAUAGUUAAAAAAAGGUGUAUUAUGUUGUACAUGGUUAAAGAUCUAAAUACAUAAAAUAUAAGCAGUCCUCUGAUGAUCUUUGGAGUAAUUUGCGAAGUAUUUUAGUUCUGCAGAAGGAUACUAAUAAAAAAUUUAAAGAUA